UUGAAAAUCCUAUAACUGAAGAUCUGAUACAACAAUGCCAGAACAAGAUGUGUAUGAUAGUCCUUCAAAUGAGUCUGUACCGAGUAGGUCGUAUCAGGGGUUGCUUCUAAACCAAACCUUUACCUUAUACAAAUCUACUUCACUUCCUUCCCUCAAACCAUCAGACUUUAAAUACAUCAAGCAUCAACUAAGUACAUAUUUAUAUGUCAAUUAUCAAAGAAGAUCAUCUGAUAUGAUUCUACGACCAUAUUCUUCAGCACGAGAGGUUUACUUGGAUUUGAAAGUUACAAUCCAAGAAGAUUCCAAUGAGUACUACUCGACAAAGUACCUAAUUUGCAAGUGUAGAAACAAAACAGUGAUGGUUACACAAUCAUUAAUAUUUAUAACAAAGAUAAAUAACAGAACUAGUACUAAUGAUGAAGAAAAUAUAAACUGUUCAACAAUUGUGUUAUCAAAACUGACGAGUAUCCAUCAAUUGCUCAUAUCACUGUUAAACAGUAUUUCAGCUGAUGUACCUUUUGUCAUAGAACGAAUAACUUUGAAACCCGAUAUAAUACCAACUAUAAUUAAUGAACUAGCAAGAAAUAGUUUGUCAGCGGUAGGAGAUUUAAGUUUGACAUAUAAUCAAGCGAAUAAACAAAUUAAUGGAAAUCUUAAUUCAAUACAUAUAUCUAUUCCGGAAGCAGAUAUAAGAUCAAUAAUUGAACUGAGUCUGCAGAAUGUAUUGGAUCCCGCUUUAGAUCUUAUUCAAAAAUUCAUCACAAUGAGCACUUCCUUAAGAUUGCAGAAUCUUAUAAUAUCUAGAUUAGUAACUAGAAGAAUUAAUCUUUCGAUCGAUGGAAAAUUCAAAUUAUCUAGUUAUGAUAACGAUGCUAAUAAAGAUAUCAAUGAUGUCAUGAUAAUUCUUCUUAAUGGUUUAACAAGUGUUUAGUUUAAAAAUUUAGCAU